CCGAUGGCGCUGCCCUUGGCUAUAUCAAAACAAGUUUGCUUCUACAGAGUGUAAACGGCAGCUGAUGUUCAGAUUAGAAAUCCUUAUGGAAACACCAGAACCACACCAGCAGAACCCUGUUCCAGAGACCAGAGUAUGUUACAUACCCGGGGGUUACAACACAAUAAAAGGUUGUGAGAUCAGCAGGAAGACCAAUCACUGACACUCCGUUCAACCAGCAAGCAGCUCAAAGAAUCAACCAAGACACAGAUGAUGAUGAAAGCCUCUGUCGCCGUGGUGACCUUCUUCAUACUCUUCUCAUCCGUCCUGACAUCUAAGCCUGGUUAUCAGCCACAAGCAUGCUGCACAAGAUUCUACCAGAAAAAGUUACCUGCUCAUUUGGUGCAGAGCUUCAGAGACACGGACAACCUGUGUCCUAAGAGAGCUGUUAUUAUUACGAUGACAACUAACCGAGACAUCUGUGUUGACCCGUCCAGGGAGUGGGUGAAGAAACUCGUGAAUGUCCCUACAGUAAAGCGCCGCUCCACUUUGACCCAGAAUUCAUAGUUACUGGAUUUAUAAACCUUUAAAAAUAAGCAGAGAAGACACAGCGAGAAAAUAUUAAGGCUGCUUUAUGUUUACAGCU